UCGCUUCUUCUACAAGCCCAACAACAUGUCCGCUCGUGACCCUUCUACGUCGGCCAACUACGAUGCCUGGCGGACCAAGCACACCACCGCCAACCUGAAGAUCGACUUCAAGGAGAAGUCCUUGCGCGGGCUGGUCACUCUGGAGCUCGAGUCCCAGACGGACAAGGACAGCAAGGAGAUCAUCCUCGACAGCAGCUACCUUUCCGUGUCCUCUGUCAAGGUCAACUCGGCCGACUCCCAAUGGUCCAUAAAGGACCGGGCUGAGCCCCUUGGCUCCCCGAUGCACAUCUCGGUCCCUUCUGGUGCCGCUAGGGGCGAGCUGGUCAAGGUGGACAUCGAGGUUGCGACGACGGCCCAAUGCACCGCUCUUCAGUGGCUCACGCCCGAGCAGACGUCCAGCAAGGAGGCCCCGUUCAUGUUCAGCCAGUGCCAGGCGAUCCAUGCACGGAGUUUGUUCCCGUGCCAGGACACGCCUGACGUCAAGUCAACCUACUCGUUCCGCAUCACGAGCCCGUAUGUGGUUGUCGCCAGCGGUGUUGCGGCUGACGGCGAGCCCGAGGCGAGAGAGGGCGGGGAGAAGUUGUAUGUCUUCGAGCAGAAGGUGCCAAUCCCGAGCUACUUGUUCGCCCUGGCCUCCGGGGACAUUGCCCAGGCGCCCAUUGGCCCGCGGUCGUAUGUGGCUACGAGCCCGGAUGCGCUGAAGGCGUGUCAGUGGGAAUUCGAAAGGGAUGUUGAAAAGUUCAUGGAGGUCAUUGAGGGAAUUGUGUUCCCGUAUAAGUGGGGACAGUACAAUGUGCUGGUUCUGCCGCCUUCUUUCCCCUAUGGAGGCAUGGAGAACCCCAUCUAUACUUUCGCUACCCCUACCGUGGUCUCUGGAGACCGUGAGAACGUGGAUGUCAUCGCACACGAGCUCUCUCACAGCUGGAGCGGCAACUUGGUGACAAGCUGCAGCUGGGAGCACUUCUGGCUGAACGAGGGAUGGACAACAUACUUGGAGCGUCGCAUCCUCGCGGCUGUCCAUGGCGCUGCGUACUUCGACUUUUCUGCCGUCAUCGGCUGGCAGGACCUGCAAGGGACUAUCGAUGAUCUCGGCAAGGACCACCCGUACACUCAGCUGUUGAUACCUCAUAAGGGUAUUGACCCGGAUGAUAGUUUCAGUAAGGUUCCGUACGAGAAGGGCUUCCACAUGGUCUGGUAUCUCGACAGGCUUGUGGG